GGAGCCUAAUUUUAACCCCCCCUGGGUGAACCAAGCAUUAUAUUAUCUAGGAUUUGUGAUUGAUUGGAGCUUUAAAGUGAUAGAAAUGUGACUACCAAGAAACUUUUAGUCCUCAUUAGGGAUUUUAAAGAGUGUUACUCGUACACAAGAAUUGCUCGAUGUGAUGUGCAGCAGCAUAAGCAUAUCUCCCUACGUACAUACAUACAUAUGUAUGUAAACUCAACAUUUAAUAAAUCGAAUGCAAAAGCACUGUGCACAGGCACACACACUCAUACAUAUACAAUAAGAAAAUAUAUUUUAAAAACUCAAUGUUUUUUCGCUACUGGGCAUGUAACGAACAACUGCAAUCGUUGAAGAUAGCAAAUAUAACAACAACAAGUCAGCGCAGGUUGCACUUUGCACCAAAUAGCCAUUUUUGAAAAAUAAAAAACAUUACGAGAACAACUUCGUUAAUAAAUUUGAUAAAAAAUUUAAGUGGACCAGCCUAUUUAUAAAAACAUAAGUACGAAAAAAGUAAACAAAAAAUACGGUGCCUAUUCGAAAUCUCGAAAACGCAAAAUAUUCAGCCAAAAUCAAACAGCGUCAACAACAAAAAGUAUCAGUUCACGCACAUACACAUACACAUUCAUAUCAAUCGGACUAGUAGGCAGUGCUGUUGGCGCAAGAGCUACAACAAAAACAAAAAAUAACAACGUAGCUCUCUACAAAAGGCCUGCACAGCGACGAGAGCUCCACACAGCCGGCCACCAUCGAUCAGUUGUGUCGCGACACCCAAAGACUUUAGAUGCGUUUGCGCUAAAUGCCAACAACGAACAAAUAAAAAAAAAAAAAAAAACAAAUUAAAAAGUUGCACAGACGAACAAGUCUAUUAAACGCCGUACGGUGAUAAAGAAAAAGUUAUUAAGUGUUUUUGUCCACCAACAAACUCAAAACCAGUGAAGUGAUCUCAAAGGCUCAAACAGGACUAAGAGAAAAUAUUUUUAAUUUAAGUUUUUUUAUAACUAUAAAAUAUUUUAUUGCAUUACGUACACUUCUAAUUCAUUUUUGAAAAAUGAUUCGUCGUUUGGUACGCUCCGUGCUUAUAGCGCCGCCUAUGCAAUCCUCCGCCACUGCCGCUGCAUCCAGCGCCCGGCAUUUAAGCACAGCUGCCACCGCGCAACCCACGCAGACGAGCUUCAGCCACCCGGACAAAUUUCUAAUCUACAACGAAGAGGAAGGUUACAUCAAGCAAUCGCCUUUUGAGCCGAUCGAGCUACUCAAUCUGACGAUGGACAAAUAUGUGUGGCGGGAUAUAAAAAAAUAUGAAAAAAAUGUUGCCACGGUUUGCAUCCUCAGCGGCCGUCAGUACACCUAUGCUCAGUUACGCGACAGUAGCGCUGCCUUUGCCACGCGUCUGCAAACCAAAUUCAAGCUCGGACCAGGCGAUACGUUAGCCGUGUGCUUGCCAAACUUGCCAGAAUAUCCGAUUGCGGUGUUAGGCGCUAUAGAGGCGGGUCUAUCGGUAACCACAGUGAAUCCAAUCUACACAGCAGACGAGAUCGGCCGUCAGGUUCAGCUGAGCAAUGCCAAGUUCGUUGUCGGCACCAGUCUCGGCUAUGGCGUCAUACGAGAUGCCUGCAAGUUGGCACAAAAGAAUCUUCCCAUCGCUGUGAUUCGUUUACAGCCAGAUGAGGAACUACCCGCGGGUGCUAUUGAUUUCUUUGAACUCAUCAACCCACAAGCUGCCGACUACUCACAGUUGAAGCAUCACGACGUCGAUCCGGAUAGCAUGGCCUUUCUUCCCUUCUCAUCCGGCACUACUGGUCUACCGAAAGCUGUGCAGCUCUCACACAAUAACCUCGUCGUUAACAGUGAGCAACUGGAGAUUGGAUUUAAAUUGAGGGCCUCCGGAAGGCAAGAGGUGGUGCCAGGCAUUCUGCCCUUUUUCCACAUUUACGGUCUUAACAUUGUUAUGCUCUCGAAGUUGGCAAUUGGCGGCAAGUUGGUUACCAUGCCGCAAUUCCGUCCUGAAGAUCUCAUAAAAUCGCUCCACGAAUACAAGGGGACAUUUUUGAACAUCGUGCCGCCAAUCGCACUUUUUAUGAUCAACUACCCGAAGCUGACACAAGAGAUGGUGCCCGAUUUGAAAUACGCAGUGAUAGGUGCAGCGCCGAUCUCCGAAGCAGAUAUUGAACGUUUCCUAAAGAAAUUCCCAAAUACUAAAUUGCUGCAGGGUUACGGUAUGACCGAAACUUCACCGCUCACUCUGAUGGUUCCAACAAAUAAUACCCGCUAUGGCUCCGCUGGCGCGCCUACUUCCAAUACUGAGGCAAAAAUCGUACCUAUUGACGGUAGCAGCCAAAAGGGAUUGGGCCCCAAUAUGACCGGCGAGCUAUGCAUUCGUGGUCCCCAAGUCAUGAAAGGCUAUCUUAACAACGACGAGGCCAAUGCAGAAAUUUUCUACCCUAACGGUUGGUUACGCACUGGCGAUGUUGGCCACUACGACGACGACGGCUACUUCUACAUCACCGACCGCAUUAAGGAGCUAAUCAAAGUGAAAGGCUUCCAAGUGCCACCCGCCGAGCUGGAGGGCAUUCUCCGCGAGCACCCAAAGAUCUUAGAAGCAGCUGUCAUACCACGACCAGACGAAUUUGCCGGCGAACUGCCACGCGCCAUUGUGGUGCUACGCGAAGGCAUGACAGCCACCGAAGAAGAGAUCUACGACUAUGUGGCCGAACGUGUGGCGGAGUAUAAGAAACUAGACGGCGGCAUCGUUUUUGCUCAAGCAAUACCCAAGAAUCCAACGGGAAAAAUAAUGCGAAAAGAUCUAAAAGCGCAAUACGCGAGCUAAGCACGCGGUAAGGAGGGGAUACGUGUAGAGAUUAGACUAGACUAUAGGGUUAGGCCUUAGAAGAGGGGGAUGAUCGAUCGAUCGCAUGUUAUAAGAUAUUUGUAGGUUGUAAUUUUGUAUUGGCAAAAGUUAUUUAAAAUUGUUAUGAUUUUGAGAAUUGUGAAGAUGUUUUCUACCAGUUAAGUUUUAUAAAGGCCUUGAGAAAUUUGUAUAGUGGCUGUAAAUGGCUUAGGUGUAAGUGCGCACGCAUAGCAUUUAAAACGCUGUGCGUGUAUAUAUAUAAUGCAUUUAACUAUUGUAAUAAAUUGGCUACAUAAGUAAGCGUACAAAAGAA